CGGUCGCGAGCGUGCUUCGAACUCUGCUGUCAAUGAGGAAGUAGCUGUGACAGAGUCCAGGGGGGCCGGCGGAGGCGUGGCCUUCGCUAAAGCAGCAACACGGCGUGCAGGUAGACAGCAUAAAGCCUGAUCAGAGCACCGAUCUGCUCUGUUACAGGGACUGUCUGCACCCGGACAAUGACGCCAACACUCCUAUUGUGGGUCCUCAUCCUAAAUGCCUCGCUCAAGCCCUCAGAGAGCCACGGCCGCGACUUCGAAGAGGUGAAAGACUACGAGGUGGUUCGACCUGUCAGACUUCACACCGUCAGAAAAAGACACACCGAGGAUGUCCGGCCGCAGACUGUUAAGUAUGCCAUGACACUGGGAGGACGAGACAUUGAAAUGCAACUGGAAAAGAAUAAUGAAUUACUCACCAGCGACUACACUGAGACUUCCUACCGAGAAGACGGGACGCGAGUCACCACGGCUCCAAAUGACAUAGAUCACUGCUACUAUCACGGGAGGAUCGUGAAUGACAGCAGAUCGGCUGUUAGCAUCAGCACUUGUGACGGACUCAGGGGAUACUUCAGAACGUCGGCACAGAGGUACCUGAUCGAGCCGCUGUCCGGAGGCGAUGAGGGCGAUCACGCCGUGACGACUGUCAGUGACACGAACACCACGACGCCCGCCGUGUGUGGCGUCACCAACACCAGCUGGAGCAACGAAAUUGAACCGCCAACCGGCCGCAGCCGCUCCAGAUCAGCGGGAAUCUCUAUCGUCCAACAACAGAAGUACAUCGAGCUCUUCCUGGUGGCUGAUAACCGAGCGUACGUGAAGAUGAAGCGAGAUCAGACCGAGCUGAGAAAGAGGAUGUUUGAAAUCGUCAACUUUGUCAACCUGGCGUACAAACCCCUGAGGACCUUCGUCGCUCUGGUGGGUUUGGAGAUCUGGUCCAGCGCCGACCAGAUCACCGUGACGCCGCCGGCUGGAGCGAACCUGGACGCGUUCAUGAAGUGGAGAAACUCGGUGCUGGUGAAGAGGACAAAGCACGACAACGCGCAUCUCAUCAGCGGUAUCGACUUCGAAGGCGCGACUGUCGGACUGGCGUUCAUCGGGACUCUGUGCUCGGGUCACUCUGUCGGAGUCGUACAGGAUCACAACGACCGGGCCAUCGCAGUGGGCGCCACGCUGGCUCACGAGAUGGGCCACAACCUCGGCAUGGACCACGACGACUCGAGUCGCUGCGCUUGUUCUGGAGACAGCUGCAUCAUGGCCGCAGCGCUCAGCUGGAACGUCCCUCGAACCUUCAGCAGCUGCAGCGCCACCAACUACGAGAAGUACCUGACGGGCCGCAACCCGAGCUGCCUGCUGGACAAACCGGACUUCAGAGGCCUGGUGGCACCUUCAGUCUGUGGAAACGGGUUCCUGGAGAAAGGAGAGCAGUGUGACUGCGGCUCUGUGGAGACGUGCACCAACCCGUGCUGCAACGCCACCACCUGCACGCUGACGGCCGGAGCGGAGUGCGGCGAGGGCGACUGCUGCGACAACUGUAAGAUUUCACCUCGGUCCAAGGAGUGCCGCAGUGCGCAUGAUGAGUGCGAUCUGGCCGAGUACUGCGACGGGACGAGCACCGAGUGCCCCGAGGACGUCUUCGCCAUGAACGGCCUCCAGUGUGACGGCGGCCAAGGAUACUGCCACAACGGCCAGUGUCCGCAGAGACCCAACCAGUGUGUGAAGAUGUACGGACCAGGCGCUACAGAGGCCCGUCAGUACUGCUAUGAGCAGAACACCAGAGGAACCUACUUCGCCUUCUGCAAACGUCCCUCCGACAACAUCUGGAUCCCCUGCCAGGGCCCAGACAUUUACUGCGGGAAGCUGUUCUGCCACAACGGGAACGAGAACCCGAACUACGGCCGCAUGGUCCGGUUCAGUGACUGCAAGGCGUCGUUCUAUGACGACUACACCAAAGACUACGGCCAGGUGGACACCGGCACCAAAUGUGGAGAUGGAAAGGUGUGCAGCCAGAACGAGUGUGUGGAUCUGGCGACAGCCUACAGAAAUAUAAACUGUUCGGCAAAAUGCUCCGGCCACGGUGUGUGCAACCACAGGAGCGAGUGUCAGUGUGAGCCCGGCUGGAUGCCUCCGAACUGCGACUCCAAGGAUCCAGUGUUCAGUUCCGUGUCUACAGGAGUGGCCGUCGCCAUCGCCAUCGUCACACUUGUGGUUCUGGGCGCCAUCGCUGCUGCGGUCGGGUUCGUCUGGAAGAAACGACAAGGUCCUGUGUUGCCCAGCACACGCACCCAGAUGAAGUGGUCAGCGGCGAGUCGUCCGCCUCAGAGCCUGAACAAAGCGCCGCCGCCCGGUCAGCCCACACCGGUGCCCACGGUUGUAAAGCCGAGGCCCAAAGGAGCUCCACCUCCACCUCCUCCAGCGGGGAACAGACCCAAACCUCCGAGCCAGAACUACAUGGCUGCACGUCAGGCUCUGAGGCCCGUACCGCCACCGAAGGUCUGACGUGUGACGGUGCCACCGGAUAUCAAACCAGGAGACGCUUGCUUGUCCACAUUUUCUCCAUCGAGCGACUGCUGCUCAUCCAGAGAAGCAGAGACUAGUAGUUUUAUCUCUUGCGUCCUGUCGACACUGUUUCCUCUGCAGCUUCUCUUUCUGCGGCGCUGUCAGAAGCACACUGACACACGUACCGGUGAUGUGCAGCGAGCAGGACGGACGAAGCCGACUUCUAAAUUGUUACUUGCAUGCCACGCACGGAGGACGUGUUUUUACAGGGGACGACCUUCUUGUUAAUUACGGCACUUUGUUUUAUACUGCAGGGUGAGCGGCCCUGAUCGUGAGCCAUAUCGUUUUAUACUUGUCGUGUUUCGUGACAGAAUAUUGCACAAGACAGGAUUCACUUGUCAGGAUUCAGGUGCUGCAAAAAUACUUUGAUUUGUUGUUUUUUAUAACCCUCAACAUCCUGAACCGCUUCGAUAAACGCUGAUGUGAUGGAUGUAAAUACUAACUCAAACAUUUCAGAUUUAAAACAAGCACACAGGUUCUGUACGACGCUACAUGUCGUGUGAAAUGUUAGCAGGAAAGAUUUUGAAAUUAUGAGCACUUUAAAGGGGCUCUGUGUUACGAUAUUUUAUCAUUUUACGUGUAUUAUUUAGUUGUUUUUAUCAGCAAUAUGUGAGGACUGUAAUGUGAAAAGUGAGAUCUGACCCGAUGUGACUUCAAGCGGCUCGUCUCAGAGCGACAGCGGCUAAUGUUAGCUUAGAAAAUGGCGUCCACGAACAUGAACUAAAGACACAGAAGUCACACAGAGCCCCUUUAAAGUUACUUUACUUUAAGUUACUCCUGCUGAGCAGCUCAUUAAUGCUUCACUGCUGUUAGAUUCACUGAAACAUCAGUUAAGUUUACACACACGUGGACAAAUACGCAUCAUGUCGUCUGCUGCAUCACUUUGUCCUCUGCAGGACAUUCACGAUCACCACACUGCCUGAUAUUUAACUAAAAGAACUUGUACAUUAUUAUUAUUAUUAUCAUUAUUUUUUAUGAUUAAUUUGGUUUGUAUGUAAAUAGUUUCUGCAACACACACGAGUCAUUUCGCUGCUUUUUUCCGACUCAGGUCGAGAACACGUGAAAUAAAAGAAAUUUUAAAAAACCCCGUGUUCAGGUUUCACAUUCAGCACCGAGCAACAAGAUGGUUGUUUUUAUUUAAAUGUUGCAUCAACUAGAAGAGCAGAUUAAAUGUUCGCACUUCACCAUACGGAUUACUGGGGCCGAUAUCCAUCAUUUUUUUGAUCAUGAGUGUGCAGCUUCCUCUCACAUGAUGUUCGGCCUGCAACAC